UCAGUUCGCCACUGAUUUCCGAGGACUCGAYGGCGUGGUCAAGACUUGAGGAGCUUGACCCGCUCACGAGAGAGGACUUCGCUUGGAUGCCUCUACCCUCGACCGGAACCUUGCCAAGGCCGCAUUGCAACGCCUUGAUGGCAACUCUACGCUCCUAUUUGCACGCUACAGUACCAACUCCGUUGAUGGACGACGGAGUAGCGGUUGUCGAUCUCCGCUCCUAUCUUGCGAAGAUUGACCGCGAGUACGCCAACCAAAGGUACGCCGAAACCGACGCGCCUUUGCUCUAUAUCCGCAUUCAGAUCGGAAAGGCAACCUGUAGUGCCUUGAUUGAUUGCGGAGCGUCUCGCAACUUUGUGAGCCAAGCCUUUAUGGCCCGCGCAGGUCUUGGCCCGCGCGUUCGAAGGAAGGCGCAACCUACGCAAGUUACACUCGCGGACGGCCGCACGCAAAAGUCAAUUGACCGAUGCGUCGAUGGCGUUCCGGUAUACUUUGCGCCACUUGCGUGCGAGCCGGUGUCUUUUGACAUCCUCGACACCAAGUUCGACAUGAUUCUAGACAUGUCUUGCUUGCGUAGCGCCGAUCAUCCGAUGAACUUCCAUGACCGAACCGUUCACAUCCAUGAUCGGAACGGAGUGUUAGUCCCAUGUACAGUCGCGACCCCUCACACUUCGAUUGCUUGUCACGUGGUUUCCGUUGCGAGAAUUCGCGACGUCAUUGCUCGGAAUGACGUCGAGGAGAUGAGCCUUAUAUUCUUGCAUGCUCUCCCCUCACCGGACGGACCAGCCGCGUCACCGCCGGACCCACGCAUUUCUCACCUCUUGGACAAGUAUGGAGACGUCUUCGAGGCUCCCACCGGAACGGUUCCGGAUCGGCCCAUACGUCACGGGAUCACUCUCGAGGCUGGCGCCGUCCUUCCGCGUGGAUGUAUCUACCGCAUGAGCGAAGAGGAACUCGAGGUGCUUCGCGCACAACUCGAUGACCUUCUCGACAAGGGCUGGAUUCGCCCUAGUUGCUCGCCAUACGGUGCCCCUGAUCUCUUCGUCCGGAAGAAGAACAAAGAUCUACGGUUAUGCAUCGAUUAUCGGAAACUUAACGCACAAACCGUAAAGAACGCCGGCCCUCUCCCUCGGAUUGAUGAUCUCCUUGAGCGGUUAGGCGGCGCGACGUACUUGUCGAAGUUGGACUUGAAGUCAGGUUACCACCAGAUUGAAAUCCAGCCUCAAGACCGGUACAAGACCGCGUUCAAGACGCGGACGUUGGACGAGCACAUCACACACCUUCGUGCUGUUUUGAAUYGUUUACGACUGGCCAAGUACAAAGCGAACCACGACAAGUGCGAGUUCGCCAAGCAAGAGUUUGAGUAUUUGGGCCACUAUGUUACGCCAAAAGGCAUUCGUCCCUUAGYGGACAAGAUCCAAGCCAUCGUGGAUUGGCCGGAACCCCGUUGUACGACGGACGUACGCUCUUUCAUGGGAUUGGCUGGAUAUUAUCAGCGAUUCGUCGAGUCAUACUCGAAAGUGGCAGCUCCUUUGUCGAGACUCCAGUCCCCGAAGGUGCCCUUCGAGUUCGACGACGCUGCCCGUGGCGCGUUCACUACGUUGAAGGCAGCAAUGCAAGCCGCACCUGCCCUCCAUAUAUACGACCCCACCCUACCCACCCAAGUGAUUACGGACGCGUUGAGAUACGGUAUUGGUGCGGUGUUGGAACAGUGUCACGAGGACGGUUGGCAUCCGGUUGAGUAUUUCUCCCAAAAGGUGUCUCUCGUCAACACUCUCGACGACGCUAGGAAGAAAGAGCUACUCUCGUUCGUCACUGUUCUCAAACGGUGGCGCCACUUUUUUCUCGGCCGUCGGCGUUUUAAAUGGAAUACGGACAACAAUCCGUUGACCUUUUACAAAACGCAGGACACGGUCACUAGCACGAUCGGUCGAUGGAUGUAUUACAUCGACCAGUUCGAUUUUGMCCCGUGCCACAUUCCCGGUCCCGCCAAUCGAGUUGCGGACGCCCUCUCACGACGRCCCGACUUUUGUGCCAUUGUGACCACGGCAUUCGACCUCGAUGACGAUCUGCAACCGCAGUUCGUCAAAGGCUACAAGUCCGAUCCGACUUACUCUACGCUAUAUGCAGAGCUCUCAUCGGAUCACCCGCCGGCUAGCCACUGACGGGUUCCUUCUCCUUCACACGAGAGGAAAGGACUUGUCAGUUGUGCCCCAAGAUC